AUGCCGCCAGGCACUGCGUCCGAGACAGGCGCCCCUCCUUCAGUGCCGUUGAGCUUUUCAAACAACUUCUGGGGCCGAGAUGACGCUGGAGUUGAUCCUCUACUCACCCGAAUGCAAAAUGCCCGAACGACCUGCGACGAAUUGAAGACGUUCUAUGCCGCUCGCGCCGCGCUCGAGGAAGACUAUGCAAAAAAGCUGCACAAUUUGUCCAGGAAGCCACUGGGGAGUGUUGAACAAGGCACAUUGCGAGCGAGUCUUGAUGUUGCGAGAGGAGAGACUGAGGCUAUGGCGAAACAACACGGGUUGAUCGCUCAGCAAAUGAAGUCCGAGCUGGAAGAACCGCUGGCCGCGUUCGCAGGUGGAAUGAAGGAGCGCCGCAAAAUCAUACAGAACGGGAUUGAGAAGCUCCUGAAGACGAAGCAAGCACAAACCGCUCAUGUCAACAAAGCUCGAGACAAAUAUGAACAAGACUGCUUGAGAAUAAAGGGUUACCUGGCCCAGGGCCAUAUGGUCAUGGGCCAAGAAGAGCGAAAGAACAAGGCAAAACUGGAGAAGACCCAGAUAAACAUGGCAUCGGAUUCCCAAGAAUACGAAGCUGCAGUCAAAGUUCUGGAGGAGACCACUGGCCGGUGGAAUAAGGAAUGGAAAGCGGCCUGCGACAAAUUCCAAGAUCUCGAAGAAGAGCGACUAGACUUUACAAAGUCGUCUCUCUGGGCGUUCGCCAACAUCGCAUCCACAGUGUGCGUGUCUGAUGAUGCUUCAUGCGAGAAGAUUAGGCUGGCGCUGGAGAACUGCGAGGUGGAAAAGGACAUUACUAACUUCAUCAGGAGCUGCGGCACCGGUCAGGAAAUCCCAGAUCCUCCACGAUACAUCAACUUCUGUCGAGGAGAUGUGGACAGCCAGUCUGAAUUGUCGGAAGAUGAGAACUAUUCAGUGGCACAAUUCUCACGCACCACUAACCCGGCAUUCCGAAGCUCGUCCCCAACACAUUCGAAUGUAACAAGAAGCACACCUCAACGUAUGUCGGAAGAGCCAACGAUGCCGGAUGAAGAUGAUUUACGCACCCCUUCGAAUACGAACAGCGGACGGCCACCACCUCUCAACUACAAGCAUACUGGUCCUAACGUCCCUCCCAAUUAUUCACCCAGUCAGCACGGCGAAGUGCCUCAGGUACCGCAUAACCAGUAUCCCACAGAUGGAAUGACCAUGUUCUGCCGAACAGAUGCUGCACCUUCAGUGACUGGAUCUGCUCUGUCUUCCAACACCCGCCCGGAGAGCAGAGAUAGCGAGAGCCAGUACUCUGUGCCCAGCUCCUUCACCAGUGCUGAUCCGAUGUCUGGUGCAAACUCGCCAACUAAAAUGGCCCCAGCAGGUGGUGUAGAGCUUCCCGGGAUGGCCUCACCAGAAAGGUCGAUACAGAAGAAGCGGUCUGGAUUCUUUUCGAAUAGCCCUUUCCGGAGGAAGUCGAGAAAAGACCACGACACUUCGACAACCAGCCCUCAGAGUGGCAAUCCGUGGUCUUCAAACCUAACCAGUAGCGGGAGAAUAAACCUCAAUGCUCCUGGAUCCAGUACACAGUCCAGUCCCACCAAGUCGCCCACUAAGCAAUCAACAAGCUUCUUCAACCGCAACACUGCAGCGACGUCCCUGGAGGGAGAGGAGCCCGUGGAUCCUCGUGCGAAUUUCCAAUUGAACGUCGGGAACAACGUAUUCGAUGUUGCCAGUCCAGAUGGUCAGGACUCCACGCCAAAAGCCAGCUCGGCAAAUCGGCGUAGUCAAUUUCUCCCCCCGCCUUCUUCCAUGGGUGAUGAUGUGAUGAAUGAUCCAAUAGCACAAGCACUGGCAGAUCUUAAACGAACAUCCAACGGUUUCACAGGCAUGGCCAAACAAUCCAGUACUCGUGUGCCUGUCGAUCGGUAUCAUGGGGUGGCCACUCCCGCCCCUGAUCAGGACCCAGCACUUCGACCCGGUGUCAGCAGUGCUGAAAGUCAGGCUCGAUUAGCAGCGCAACGAGGCACGCCACCACCAGCCUAUGAGCCUGGAGGUGCAAGGCAAAGUGUGUUGGGAGUUCCACAACCAGCUCAUACAAAGAAGGAAAUGCUGAACCGGACAGAGACCUGGGGCACUGGCUCGGUAGCUUCAACUCCGAAAGGCAGCCAGCAAACUAGAGACGGAAGAAGAAGUCCUGGGCCCGGUACGAUGCGAGCAGCAAGCCCACAACCGCAAGGUCAAUAUCAACGGUCAAGGAGUCCAGCACCAGGCAUGAACAUGCGAGCCGCUAGUCCUCAACCACAGAAUCAGUACCAGCGAUCCAGGAGUCCGGCACCUGGAAUGCCUCGAGCUGCUAGCCCACAACCCCCACGACAGGAUCCCUACAUGAGAUCGCGUAGUCCCGGCCCAGGAAUGAUGCAGCAGCAACAGCAAGGUGGCCGUCAGUAUCGUUCGGCGUCUCCCAACCCAUAUGGUGGUGGCAGGCCAAGCGGACAAGGCUCCAAUUCGAGACAAGGAAGCGGCAUGGAGAUGCAGCUCAGCUCAUCAGACGUAGCCAGAUACGAUGGAUCUGGGAGCGGACGAGGACGACAAAACAUGAUGAGACCGACAUCCAGUUUUGGAGGCGAUCGGUAUCAACAGGGGUACGAUGGGCGCGAAUCCAGACAACGAGGUGGUGGUGGUGGUAGUAUGGAUGUCGAGUUGAAGAGGGAAAGGAGCAAGAGUCUGGCCAAUAUUCCAUUCCGACCUACUCAGCCUCAGGUUUUGCAUUACGCACGAGCGAUGUACAGUUACACCGCCGCGAUUCCUGAAGAAUUGAGUUUCAGCAAAGGCGAUAUCUUGGGCGUGUUGAGGUUGCAAGACGACGGAUGGUGGGAAGCAGAAGUCCGCGAGAGUGCCAAGGGGACGAGAAGUGGUGGCAUCGGCUUGGUACCGAGCAAUUAUCUCCAGCGAUGUUGA